CCCUCCCACCCAGACCGGGACCUGGGGGCUCCGGCCGGAUCCAUGGGGGCAGCAAGCUGCGAGGAUGAGGAGCUGGAAUUUAAGCUGGUGUUCGGGGAGGAAAAGGAGGCCCCCCCGCUGGGCGCGGGGGGGUCGGGGGAAGAACUGGACUCAGAGGACACCCCACCAUGCUGCCGUCUGGGCCUGGGGGAGCCCCCUCCCUAUGGCGCUGCCCCUAUUGGCAUUCCCCGGCCUCCACCCCCUCGGCCUGGCAUGCACUCCCCACCACCCCGCCCGGCCCCCUCACCUGGCACUUGGGAGAGCCAGCCAGCCCGGUCAGUGAGGCUGGGGGGGCCGGGAGGGGGCUCCGGGGGGGCUGGGGGAGGCCGUGUUCUUGAGUGUCCCAGCAUCCGCAUCACCUCUAUCUCUCCCACUCCUGACCCGCCAGCUGCGCUGGAGGACAACCCAGAUGCCUGGGGGGAAGGCUCCCCCAGGGAUUACCCCCCACCGGAAGGCUUUGGAGGCUACCGAGAGGCAGGGGGCCAGGGCGGGGGCCUCUUCUUCAGCCCGAGCCCUGGCAGCAGCAGCCUGUCUUCCUGGAGCUUCUUCUCCGAUGCCUCCGACGAGGCAGCCUUGUAUGCAGCCUGUGACGAGGUCGAGUCGGAGCUAAAUGAGGCGGCCUCCCGCUUUGGCCUGGGCUCCCCACUGCCCUCACCCCGGGCCUCCCCUAGGCCGUGGACCCCCGAUGACCCCUGGAGCCUGUAUGGUCCGAGCCCUGGAGGCCGGGGUCCAGAGGAUAGCUGGCUACUCCUCAGCGCUCCUGGGCCCACCCCAGCUUCCCCACGACCUGCCUCUCCAUGUGGCAAGCGGCGCUAUUCCAGCUCAGGAACCCCAUCUUCGGCCUCCCCAGCUCUGUCCCGCCGAGGCAGCCUAGGGGAGGAGGGGCCUGAGCCACCUCCACCGCCCCCAUUGCCUCUGGUCCGGGACCCUGGCUCCCCUGGCCCCUUUGACUAUGCGGGGGCCCCACCAGCCGAGAGCAUCCCCCAGAAGACCCGGAGGACUUCCAGCGAGCAGGCGGUGGCCCUGCCUCGGUCUGAGGAGCCUGCCCCGUGCAAUGGGAAGCUGCCUUCAGGAGUAGAGGAGGCCGGGGCUCCCCCCGGGGGUCCUCGGAAGGAGGUGGCCGGCAUGGACUACCUGGCGGUGCCUUCCCCACUGGCUUGGUCCAAGGCCCGGAUUGGGGGGCACAGCCCCAUCUUCAGGACCUCUGCCCUCCCCCCGCUGGACUGGCCUCUGCCCAGCCAGUAUGAGCAGCUGGAGCUGAGGAUCGAGGUGCAGCCCAGAGCCCACCACCGGGCCCACUAUGAGACAGAGGGCAGCCGGGGAGCUGUCAAAGCUGCCCCUGGUGGUCACCCCAUCGUCAAGCUCCUAGGCUACAGUGAGAAGCCACUGACCCUACAGAUGUUCAUCGGCACCGCAGAUGAGAGGAACCUGCGACCUCACGCCUUCUAUCAGGUGCACCGUAUCACGGGCAAGAUGGUGGCCACGGCCAGCUACGAAGCUGUAGUCAGUGGUACCAAGGUGUUGGAGAUGACCCUGCUUCCUGAGAACAACAUGGCCGCCAACAUUGACUGUGCCGGAAUCCUGAAGCUUCGGAAUUCAGACAUUGAGCUGCGGAAGGGUGAGACGGACAUCGGGCGCAAGAACACACGCGUGCGGCUGGUAUUCAGGGUACACGUGCCCCAAGGCAGCGGGAAGGUCAUCUCGGUGCAGACAGCAUCGGUGCCCAUCGAGUGCUCCCAGCGCUCAGCUCAGGAGCUGCCCCAGGUGGAGGCCUACAGCCCCAGUGCCUGCUCCGUGACAGGAGGGGAGGAACUAGUGCUGACCGGCUCCAACUUCCUGCCAGACUCCAAGGUGGUGUUCAUCGAGAGGGGCCCUGAUGGAAAGCUGCAAUGGGAGGAGGAGGCCACAGUGAACCGGUCACAGAGCAAUGAGGUGACGCUGACCCUGACCAUCCCUGAGUACAGCAACAAGCGGGUGUCCCGGCCAGUCCAGGUCUACUUUUACGUCUCCAACGGGCGGAGGAAGCGCAGUCCUACCCAGAGUUUCAAGUUCCUGCCUGUGAUCUUCAAGGAAGAGCCUCUACCAGACGCAUCUCUCCGGGGCUUCCCUUCAGCAUCGGGCCCCCAUUUUGGCUCUGACAUGGACUUCUCACCACCCAGGCCCCCCUACCCCUCCUAUCCCCAUGAAGACCCUGCUUAUGAAACUCCUUACCUGUCAGAAGGCUUCAGCUAUGGCACGCCCCCUCUGUACCCCCAGACGGGGCCCCCACCAUCCUACAGACCUGGCCCGCGGAUGUUCCCUGAGACUGGGGGUACCACAGGUUGUGCCCGCCCACCUCCAGUCUCAUUCCUUCCCCGGCCCUUCCCUAGUGACCCCUAUGGAGGACGGGGCUCCCCCUUUCCCCUGGGGCUGCCGUUCCCUCCUCCAGCCCCCUUCCGGCCUCCACUGCCUUCAUCCCCACCACUUGAAGGCCCCUUCGCUCCCCAGAGCAGUGUUCACCCCCCACCUGCUGAGGGAUACAAUGAGGUAGGGCCAAGCUAUGGCCCUGGGGAGGGGGCUCCGGAGCAGGAGAAAUCCAGGGGUGGCUACGGCAGCGGCUUCCGAGACAGUGUCCCUAUCCAGGGUAUCACGCUGGAGGAAGUGAGUGAGAUCAUUGGCCGAGACCUGAGUGGCUUCCCUGCACCUCCUGGAGAAGAGCCUCCCGCCUGAACCAUCGCCUGGCCCCCGCUCCCCCCUGCCCUGCCCACUUUCCCUUCAUCCUGGGAUGGCGGUUCCAGAGGCUUGGGGGCCAAUCUGGUUCCUCUUUCCCCAGUUUCUUGCCUUCCCUCCCCUGCCCUCCCUUCCCUCCCCUGGCUGAGGUGUGGCCCCCGGGGCCUGGUGCUGCCUUGGAGGGCUGGGGGCGGGAGAGUGUGGAGGACUGGGAUGGGGGUGGACCCUGGGUGGGGACUGGGAGUGAGGACUGGAGGACUGCCGGAGUGAAGGCCGUGUCUAGACUGUGUACAGACCACGGUGCUGGGAGGCUGGGACAGG